AUGGAAAAAAUCAACGCCAUGAUCUUAAAAACGGCCAUCAAAGCCAUACCAUUGCUUACUCAGGACAACUACUCUAUGUGGAACUCUCAAAUGAUGAACUUCCUUGAACUUCAAAAACUCAAAGACACUUUUUUCAAAGAAGACAUGGAAAAUAUUACUGGCAACGAUGAACUACAAGCUUGA